AUGCAAGUGUCAUCAGCAAGUAUUCCACUCAAAAAUGGCUUUGAUUUCAGUUUUAGAACUUGCAGCGGUGGAGUGUUACUUGAUCAAAAGGGGUCAAGUAAUGGUUUUGUGCGUAUUGAAGUGGUGCGCACCACGGUGAAUUACACUAGGAUACCUGUUUUAUUUAUUCCAAGCCACCUUAGAAUGACAUGGAAAGUUAAUGGUACUGAAGAGUCUGUUACCAUAGGGAAAGACCUGGAUAAAAAUAUUCUUCAUCAAGUACAGUUCACUCCUGGCAGUGGACAAGUAAAUUCAACUCUCACCCUGAGUGGUUUAACAACCCAGUUUGUCCAAAUGCCAAACACUAUUUUAGAAUUUGUAAGUUCAGGUCCCCUUUAUGCUGGGAGCCAUAUAUCUGGAGGUGAAGGUUUCGUUGGAUGUAUAACAAGUGGACAAAAUAUUCCACUGCCAAAUAGUAUCUCUGUGAAUGUCAAUGCAAACUGCCCACUGGGCCAAUCUGGAUGUCCAGCCAAAGGUUGGUUUGAUUUCAUAUUAUGAAUUUUACCCAUCCACCUAAUCUUAUUAUUAUGAAAUUGGUAUUCACUCAGGGCAUCUACGGCAGGCCUGAUUUUAAAUUUCAGGGCCUUUUCAGUCACAAAUCACUAUCCAGAUUCUCAACUGCAAGUAUGAGUCAGUGCAAGUUUUUUAUGUGCAUAGGCUGAAAGAACUAAAUUAAAAAGAAUUGUGAAAAGAUGCUGUGAAAGGGAUAAAAUUGUUCAAAUAAUUUCCUAAUGGUUUUCAUGUGGCUUUAAUACACCCUGAGUAGGAAAUUUGCAUGUGAAGUAAAGUGAAGUCUAGAUUUUAACAUUGUGAGCACUGGAGUGUACAUAGAAGUAUGUGGAGUUUAUAUAACAGUUAGCUGGCAUGUCAGUUUUCUCUUUUUUAUCAUUUCAUGUACUUGUUAAAUACUAAGUGAUUAUGUCUCAAGGGGGGAAAAGGUCUGAGUCCAAGCUAGGGAAAACCUGACCAAAUGCAGUUGGAGUAAUUUCCCAUGGGCCAGGUGGCAGGUCAUUCAGUGGGAGCAGCAAUAUUCUUGGUCACUUACUGCAACAGAAACCAAUACAAGUUGUGGCAAGAUGAGCCCAUUGUGCUUGUGUUCAGACAUUUUCAAUCCUAUGGUGAUAAAUCAAAGAAAGGAAUUAAUUGUUUAUAUGUUUAUUUUGACUUUUAGUUUGUCCAGCUGGUUUUACUGGAUACUAUUGUGAACUAAACAUUGAUGACUGUGCAAGUGCCAAGUGUCAUCACUACAGCACAUGUGUUGACCUUGUCAAUAACUUCAGCUGUAGUUGUGGACCAAGGUGGACAGGCCAAUUAUGUGACAUCUUCCUGGGAUCCCUGUGUAAUAAGACUAACAACAACAACACUGAUGUGUGUAAGAAUGGAGGUGUUUGUCGUGAUACUUCAGACAAAAACAACUACACAUGCACAUGUAAGCCUGGCUACACUGGACGCAACUGUGAGAAUGAAUUUGAUCCUUGUAAAAGUUAUCCAUGCAAGCAAGGAGGGACAUGCUCCAAGCUUAGUGCAGAUGACUUCAAAUGUGAUUGUCCAUCAGGUAAGUUCAUUAAAUAAUUUUUUUAUUUUGAAAUAGAAUUUACACAAUUGAUCAUGUGGUCUAAUCUUCUGGGUUAGCAUAGUCACAGAGAAAAGGAUCAUUAAAUGGUAGCAGUGAUUGUUCAGUCUUUUUCAGGACUGCUAUCGCUCAGAUGAUCAGAUCAUAUGAUCCAAUGUAACUUCUGGGAUCGAAGCAUUUAUUGAACAAUAUACACAGUGAUUAUAUUCUGAAGCAUCUCAGUUGGCCGAGUUCUUAAAUCUUUGAAUCCAAUUGGCUAAUUCUGCACUAGUAACCUGUCUAGUAUUUUACCAUACAGUCAGGCUCCAGUAUCUUUUCUGUACCAUUCAUGGCGAGGUGGAAAAUGAUAAACCAACAGAAAGAAACAAACACAUUAUUUAUUAGUCUAGGUUAGUCUGGGGGGGAUAAAAACUGUGCCUUUGCCAUGACCUUGAGUACAGCCCUUUGCCUUUGGCUUUGGCUGUGAUCUGCAAUUAUGACCUCAAGCACUCUUUUUUCUUAAACUAAUCUCCCAAACAGUAAACAACAAUAAUUAUAUUUAAUGCUUGGUCCCUUGAAUGAUUAUACAUUAUUUUUUCAUAAAGGUUUUAAAGGAAAGCAGUGUCAGGAAGAUAUAAAUGAUUGUGCAGCAUUCCCUUGUGGUCAUGCUGGUACAUGUAUUGAUGGAAUCAACAACUACACUUGUAACUGCACUGGGUCUGGCUUCACUGGGCCAUCAUGUCAGGAAGACAUUAAUGAAUGUAAUUCUACGAACAAACCCUGUCAUCCUAUUAAUACUGCCCAGUGCAUUAAUCAUGAUGGAUUUUAUCAAUGUGUUUGUAAGCAAGGAUUUAAUGGCAAGAAUUGUUAUGAAGAUUUAAAUGACUGUCGUAGUGAUCCCUGCCAAAAUGGAGGUAGGUGACUCUCAUAUUCAGUGCUACAUGUAGUUGUAUAAUUUUAGAGUGCUAUUGUCAAAUUAUAUUAAUUUAUGUAAUGUCUGUUGUGGUGUUAUGAGUGUUCUAAAAAACUGCAAUUUACUGUAUUUGUUUAGUAUUUCAAAUUGAAACUAAUGUCUUUGAUAAAAAUCUGUUAUUGUAGUCACCAUUUAAGAAAAAUAAUCAUUUCAUCGUAAAAAAGGUUACAUGGUCAUUUAUUGUGGUCAACAGAUUUAUUACUGAAGUAUAAUCAUUGGGCCCAUGAGUUAGUCUUGCACUUUGGAAGUGAUUCCAUUGUGAUACACAGAGUGAUAGUACCUUAUUUUUGGUUUGACUUUAAGACUUAUUCUUUAGUAUGUAAUUCUGAUGGUAAUAAGUUUUGAAUUAGUUGCCAUGUACUCAGACUGAUGUUGCUUUACAUGUUCUAUAUUUAAUGGAUACCCAUCGGAGAAUGAAGAUUGAGGAUUUGUAAUGGCAACCUUUAGCCAACAUAUGUAACACUAAAAUCCCUUAAUAGUCCAUUUUACAGUUGCCUGCUUGGUUGCCAAGCCUUUGAAUGGAAGUGAGGCUAAAGAUGACCUUUUAAUGAUACAAAUGUUGCUGCUUUUCAAAUGCAAAUUAUUUUGUUAUCAUGCUAACUAGAUGUUGGUCUUUAUCACAACAUGGUCACCUUCAGCCUCACUCCAAAUCAAAGGCUUGGCAACUUAGCACAGCUGUAAAAUGGCCUAUUGUCUGGCAAUAUGUCCUCUCACUAACCUUGUCAAGUUUUUAUUUUCAUUAAAGGAACUUGUAUUGAUGAAGUAAACAGCUACAGAUGCAAAUGUAUGGAUGGAUUUACUGGAACCCUGUGUGAGAUUAACAUUGAUGACUGUUUGAAUCACAACUGUAACAACAACUCAAUAUGUGAUGAUGGUGUCAAUAAUUACACUUGUGUUUGUAAACCUGGUGAGUCUGUGCACAGUUAGUAAAGGGUUGGUCACAUAAAACAUUUUAUAAGUUGUUUUAUGCCAGGUGCAGAUGCAAGUUAUAAUUUUAAAUUUGUACACAGCAAUACAAAUGAAAAGCAGAAAUCAAAAUAACACAUUCAAGAAUCUCACCACUAGAAACACAUAGGUAAAGGCUGUAAUCAGCUCAACCAGGCAGUUUUUGGACAAUAGAAUUACUGUAUGCAUGCAAAAUUUAUAUUGCACAAUAGCUUACAUUAGCAUGACCCUCUUCAACCAUUACACAAUAGCAAUUAAGAGAGAAGGAUGUUGUGUUAAACUGGCUGCUCAAAACUUCACAUGAUAGGGCUAAUCGUUUUUAUUGAAAGGUGAUUUAAGUACUAGGUAACACCUCUUGCAUGUUAUUGACAUUACAUUGCUUAGAGGAAUCAACUCAAUAUUUGAUGUGUUCUUCUCUUUGUGGACCAAUAUCCAUACUUUCAUGAUGAAUUUAAAAAAUUUUACGCAAUCUAAAACUCACUUAAUUCAUCUGAUCAUGAUAAAUCUUCUAUUUCAUUUCCAUGCAGGAUUUAAUGGCAGUCAAUGUGAGAACGAUCUUAACGACCACUGCUGGUCCGUUAACUGUAACAAUGGAACUUGUAAAAGUGGUAACAGCAGUUUCCGAUGUGAGUGCUUUCCUGGAUUCAAUGGUACCUACUGUGAGAAUGAAAUCAAUGAGUGUGAAGGUAAGUUUCAAUUCUGAGAACAUAUAGAUUAAAUGACCAUGGCCACGAUGGACAUGAAUAUUAUAAUCAAAUCUAACUAGGGGAAAAAAGCAAGGCGACUGCAUCUCUUGCUGCAUUUUGAGCUGAAAUUUCAUACAUCAUACUUGGUGUCUUGGUAUUUCGUAAUAGUUCAUACACCUGUAUCUGCUGUGUACAGUCUCUGAGUGUGACAUAUUUUGUCAGGUGUUUCAUGUAACUGUGGGAGUUGCACUGAUCUUAUUGGAGCAUUCCGUUGUGACUGUGAUCCAUGGACUACAGGCCGGUACUGUGAGACUGACAUCGAUGAAUGUGCUAAUAAAAGUCAGUGCAGUGUGGAUAAACGUCAAGGUAUUUGUCAAAACAUCAACAUCACCAAAGAAACUUGUGAUAACCGCAAGAAAGGAGCUGAAUGCUACUGUACCCCAGGUUUUACAGGUAUUGUAGUAUGCUUUAGAUUCUUUAGAUCAGGGCUCAGUUGUUCGGAGGCCGAUUAGCACUAACCUAGGGUUAAAUUUUAAUCCAGGUCUCUUUAUUUCUUUGAUCAAAAGCCUUUUAGGGAAGAUUUUGUUAAUGUAAAGAGCAAUUUGGAAAUAUACUGUAAACACUAAAAUUCCACGCCCAAAAGUACAGUAAAAAGAUACCAGAGGACGUGUAAAAUGCGUCUGUUGCUGUGGAAAGGAACUAAGGUUAUUAUUUCUGGAAGUAAUGUUCUUCACAUCUGAUGGAACCCCCUCUCCAAGGAGUUGUUGUAUCAGAGCUUAUUGUAAGUAUGUUUGAAACAGGGUAUUGGUGUUUAUUGGAAUAAGGACGCUUAUUGUUAUGAAGCGCUCAUUGGAAUGAGGGUGCUUACUCAAUAGGGGCGCUUAUCACAAAAACAAAUUCGAGAAUGGGGGCGCUUUUUAGAGAGGGGGCGCUUAUUGGAAGGAAUGCGCUAAGUCGUAUCAUUACGGUAAGCAUACACCCCCUUGAUUACGUCAUUGCUUAAUUUAGUUUGAAGAAUAUCUUUGUUGUUGUUAUUCCAGGUGCAAACUGCCAGGAUAAUGUGGAUUACUGCCUGCAAUAUGCACCUUGUCAAAAUCAGGCAAAUUGCACCGAUGGAAAGGAAGUUAACGAGUACAGUUGUACCUGUGCAUCCGGCUGGACUGGACGAAACUGCGAUGUGGACAUUGAUGAGUGUCAGCUUGGAUACUGUCAGAAUAAUGCAACUUGUAAUAAUACUUUAGGUAACUACGCAUGUGCUUGCUUACCUGGCUUCACAGACCACAACUGUUCCACAAAUAUUAAUGACUGCCAACCAGACCCAUGUGAAAAUGGUGGAAACUGUACAGAUCUAAUAAAUGGCUUCACCUGUGCAUGUCAGCCAGGAUAUGACGGUAAUAUACAUGAAUACGCAAGAGAUAUGAAGGGACAGAGAGUGAAGUUCCCCGUUGAGCUCUUUAGAUAUGUCAAUUUCACUAGUUAUUUAUAGAUAGUCCUCCCAAACGGAAGUUAGUUUCCAGAGACGUUCGUAAGAAAGCCAAGCUGUCCGUGCGGACGAAAGAUUGAUCAAUGAAAUCAACACGUCUAUUCCCAAUUGUUCCUCUCUGUUCUUCAUUUUCUCUUGAUUUGCGUCUUUUUUCGACAAACUUGUUUGUUUUGUUAGAGUGAAUAUAUAUUUUUAACUUUCUUGCUCUCUUUUUUUGCAUUUUAUGGACCGAGACGAAGUAUAUAGCAAAAAGUACCAACAGGGCUACUGUUAAUGAAAUUGUUAUAAAGUUCGUUCGAUUAGUGUUUUCUUAACCUUAGAAGAAAAGGUUUCCUGGAAAAUUCGUUUCGUAUAAUGUGUAUGGUUUUGUGGCAUCAAAUGGCUCAUUAACAUAAAAGUGUUCCAAGGACUGACAGCCUUUAACAUCUUACCCAAACCACACGUGUAAGCCAAGAACGGAGUAUUUCUUUGCGCCUAAAUACCACUUAGCUGAUGUGUAUUCUGUAUUCUCUCCAUGUCCUAAAUCACCGAUCAUUUUUUUUUUUUUUCCUUUUGAAAAUUUACCGCCCGUUGACUCUUGUACACCUGGCCCCGGUUGUUCCAAGGUCGGACAACACUAUCCACAGGAUAAAUCUCUAUCCAGUGGACAACGCUAUACGAUUUGCCAUUACUUACCCGCUGGAUAACGAUUUAUCCAUUGGAUAGCAGUAUCCGUACUUUAUAAAACUGGGCCCUGGUUAGCAGCUCACUUAAGCAUUGAUGGCAGCCGAUUCGCAGAAAGACUACAUUCUUUUCUGAAAUCUUUGAUCUCUUGGCACACAGGUAAAAAUUGCUCCAACGACAUUGAUGAAUGCGGGUCUAAUCCAUGCCAGAACAAUGCAACAUGUAUCGACGCCAUAGCUGAUGUCAACUGCACUUGCACAGCCAACUUCACGGGGAAGUACUGUGAGCUUGAGUUAUCUUCUUGCAUUCCUAAUCCGUGCAAGAAUAAUGGCACCUGUGAUUUACAAAACAACAACUUCACUUGUACUUGCGCAGCUGGCUUCGGAGGUGUACAUUGUGAAAAUAUAACCACAGUUGGAUUAAAUGGCUCCUCGUUCAUGGAUUUCCACGUCGGAAAACAAAUGUUUGAACUCUCUUUUCAGUUUAGAACAACUCUGAAUCACGGCUUAUUAGGCACUGAUUCAGGAAGCAAUUUUCUUGUUUUUCUUGAUAAAAAUGAAGUACACGUAUUGUACAAUAACACGAAGAAACUCUCAGCUGGCAAAAAGGCUUCUCUCAGCAAUGGACUCUGGCACACUGUUUUUAUCAACAUAUCUGCAGACUCCAUAAUUCUCAUUGUAGAUAACUCAUCUUGUGGCGAGCUUUGCCAGACGUCUUCACCUCUACGAGCACAGGCUAACGUUUCAAAAUUCUACAUAGGUGGAUCUUCAUCUCCUGUUAACUAUCUUCACAACACGCUGUAUAAUUUCACUGGUUGUAUUCAAGAUGUAACGAUUGAUAUGGAGACAGUGAUCCCCACAAGUGCAGUAGUGGAAUUACAUAACACUGUUACUGGGUGUCCACGAGAAGAGGUGUGUUUAUCCAACCCCUGUGCAAAUGGCCAAUGUAUUGACGAAUGGAUCAAAUUCAGCUGUGAUUGCACACGACCUUGGAUCGGCUCGCGCUGCAAUACUAGUGAGUUUAACUAUGAUUUUUUUAGCUAACUAGGUCUCGAUCAGUACCACAAAAGAUUAAUGAAAUUUUACUGAGACACGAAAUAAAUGGGAGGAAUUAUUCUAAAAGUUACGAAUGUAGUUAAGACGUGAAUAUGAAAGUGAUCUUCGCAGUAAUGAACACUACUUAAGUAAUAGUGAAAAGAAGGCCUGAAAAAAUUCAGGCCUGUACGGGAUUUGAACCCAUGACCACUGCGAUACCGCAGUUCAAAUACAUGACUUCCAUAUGUUCACAACCGUUUAAUCACCACUUCACGGGUUUAUUUGGAACCAAAACAGUGACCAGCUCCCAGUUGGCUUGUUAGCUCAGUUGGUAGAGCAAUGCACUGGUAUCGCAGAGGUCAUAGGUUCAAAUCCCGUACGGGCCUGAAUUUUUUCAGGCCUUCUUUUCACUACUACUUAAGUAGUGUUCAUUACUGCGAAGAUCACUCUCAUAUUCAUGUCUUUUACCGCAGUUCAAAUGUAUGACUUUCAUAUUUUCACAACCAAUGUAGUUAAGAUUGAAAAUAUUAACACAGCUGGCGGCCGAAAAUUGAAGUUGGCGCCUUUAAGAUAUAUUAAUGUUGCUCAAACUAAAGUCACAUGGUAAACACACCAAUUGGUUUUUACCGGAAUUUUGUGGGAGGCACUUAUUUCUUGGAAAAUUUUAUUACAUGUAUUUUACUUUGAAGUGGAAGCGAUUCUCGUAUUUAACAUUCCACAAAAUAAAACCAAGUUGGACAGAAAGCCGUUAUCUAACAUCAAGGAUAACUUUCUGACCUUUUUAACUUUAUUUCGCUUCCCUCCGAGUGUGAACUGCGAUUUUACGCUGUAUAACACUUAUACACCGAUUAUCACGAAUAAUUUUCUUUGCUCUCCAGAAAGAUGGAGACAACGGGUUUUUUAGAUCGAUCAUCGGAAAAGUUUUUGCAAUUUGUUAAAACCUUUUCCUCUCUUUUUCUUUUUAGCGGUAACACCGGGAACGUUUGGUGCAACAGAGCCGUUGAACACAGGUAGCAGCAGACGCCGACGUAAUGCUGACAGUAUGCAUAACGUUUCCUUUGCUAAAUUCCUCACUAAUGGCACCCGUUUUGACUCAGCUGCAGAGUUGUCAUUUUUCAUCCGAACUCGAGAACUGAGAGGAUUAAUAAUACUGAUGACAGACAAUCAGGAUCAUCACAUUAGUGUUGUGAUUGACCAAGGAAUGUUGUUUGUACAAACCACUUCAAAUGGACACACCUCCAAUAAUACCAUAAAUGGAAGGGUUAGUGAUGGACAUUGGCACUUUGUUGAAAUCCGAAACAACAUGUCACGCUUUGACAACCUCACUAUGGUCACGGGACCCAUUGUUAACAAAGAUAUCAAAUUGACUUGGACCUACCUUGGAGGACUUGAUGACUUCUCUCUUUACCCAGAAGCUGACAUCAUUCGAACUCCAUUUCGAGGCUGUUUGCAGGACAUUCAACUGAACAAAAAACUGUUUGACUUCGGGUUUAAUGAUGCGUCGUUAAUAUCCACGGAUCGUUACACGUUACUUGAUUCAGGUGGUCUGGGUGAAGGCUGUAAGGGAAUGAAUGUGUGUCGAUCAUUACCUUGUGGUGAUGGAGGCUAUUGUAAAGACUUGUGGAACAAAUAUCAGUGUGAGUGUAAACCUCGCUACGGUGGCCCGGACUGUGCACUGUACGGUUGCUCCUUGGUUAACCUGUGCCCUCACAACACCACCUGCUUGGAUAUCGGAGAAAAUUAUGAAUGUAAGCGCUUAUGAAAUAAUAAACUAUAUUCACGAGGUAAAGUUUUCGUAUGAAAAUUUUGUGCUGAAAUGUCCCGUAGUGAACGUUACAUUUUAUAACAGCUAUCUUUUUAAUCAGCUUUCAACGAUUUCCCGUGUAGGUCGCUUGUAUGCCCACUUUAAGUUGGAUCGCCUGUUCUUGACGCCACCAUCGCGGUCCAUGUAUGUGUGACCACAGGGCUGUCCGCGAGAGUCAAAUUGUUUUGCUCUGAUAAUUUCUUGUUGCUGAAACGAUGACUUUUUUUACUGUUAGUAAACGCGAUUGUGGAAUGGAAUUGUACACGUGAAUUUUUUAGUUUACUUCACAUGUUUUGCUAAGUUAUUUAUCUCUGUGUUAGGUGUACAUCCCUUUACUUUCAAUGGCAGUGCAAGUCGUGCAGAAUUCACUUUAGUCUCCAGCGUUAAUGUCAGCAUGGAUGUGUCUUUACGAGUACGAACAAGGGAGUCCUCAGCUGUGCUGAUUCACAUUCGUCAAGGCUACGACAGAUUUUUCAAGAUGGCACUUGACGAUGGACAGAUUAACAUCAGUUUUGCUCUGAAUGGAGACAAAGGAGGAAUAUCCUUAGGUAGGAUAAGGCUCUACUGAAUUCAAUAAAUAUGUUAAUUGCAUACCGACAAGAUGGUCAAUAUCAAUAUCGGGAAACAAAAGAACAGUUUUCUUUGUAUGAAAUGUCCAUCGUUUAUAUAAAUGAUAAGCUCAGCACAAGGACUCACAAGAAGUAGCCAGGUAAAACCCAAAGUGAAAAUAAUGAAAAGGUGCACUUUCCGUAGAAAUGUGUUUUUCGUUGUUCAAGACACGACAAGUCUAGUUCGUGUAAAAUAUUUCGACAGUCGUUUUGUCGUCUGACAAUUUUCAUAUGCGGUAUUUCAUUGAAUUUUGAGGAGUUAAUUUUAUGUCGUUUUUGUAAAAUGGUCACAAGUGACAUUUACCUCCGUCAUAUUUUCCACUUUCCGGUUAUUUAUCAAACUUUGUAUCCUUCUUUUUAGAUAAUCAAGUAAAUGACGGCCAUUGGCACAAAAUCAUGUUCAAGAUGACUGAUAACCAGAGUUAUUUGACCGUAGAUGGCUCCACCACAAUUGAUUCCUCGAAAUAUUCAAUCAAUGAAAUAACAAGCUUAUUAAACAACACUUUAGUUGUGGUGGGUGGGUCAGCAUUCAAAGGAUGCAUAGAUAACGUGCGUAUCGGUGAUCUGCUGCUGCCUUUUGUUGAUUACUACAACAGCACCUUGAAUGUUAGUCACGUGACUCCUUUAGAGCCUCACUUCCAAGUUAACAAGACAGAACUGAAGUUCGGUUGCCACAGUGAUGACGUUUGUGGUCCGGCACCUUGUGUGCGGGGCACGUGCAGUGACGAAUGGAACCUGUUCAAUUGCGCAUGUCCAGAAGGAUGGGCAGGGCGUAUCUGUACACUAACUGCCAACAUGACAUGCGCACAUUCCCCGUGCGUCAAUGGCACGUGUUCUAAUCUGACUGACGUUGGCAAGGCAACCAAUCAGAAACAAGUAAGUGACGUAGGAUUUGAUAUGUUUGAGUGCAAGUGUACUCAAGGAUUUGAAGGAAAGCUUUGUGAAAAUGCCACGAACGAAUGCGUCCCUGAUCCAUGUGAAAAUGGCGCAAACUGCACUGAUCUUCAUCUUGACUAUAACUGUACUUGUCCCAGAGGUUACGCUGGAAAAAACUGUUCAACGAACAUCGACGAAUGUGUGAAUAAUAACUGCACUAACUAUUCUACUUGUGUCGACGGAAUCGGCUUGUAUAGUUGUUCUUGCGUGACUGGUUUUAAUGGAACCUUCUGUGAGCAAGAUAUUAAUGAAUGUGAAGUUACGAUGCCGCUCGGUCCUUGUAACGUAUCAGGAACACAUAACUGCUCUAACUUGGUGGGCGGAUACAAGUGUGUCUGUAAACAAGGAUUCUUCGGGGAGCUGUGUCAGUAUGACUUUAGCAUGAAAUGCGAAUUGGAUAACCCUUGCCAAAAUGGUGGUAAUUGUUCAGAUAACGCAACAGCUGUUAGCUGCUCUUGUCCUGAGGGGUAUAAUGGGACAUUUUGUCAGAAUGAUAUUCACGAAUGCGAAGACGAGCCAUGUAUGAACAACGGAACAUGCAUUGAUAGCCAUGUGAACUCCACAAGUCGUAUGUUCCCAGGCUACAAGUGCAACUGCACUAAUGAUUUUGAAGGACAGCGAUGUGAAAAGAAAAUAGACCUGUGUGAAUCUGAACCUUGCAAGAACAAUGCCACGUGUGAAAGGUUGGCUUAUAACAAGUAUCAGUGUAACUGCACACCUGAGUAUAAGGGAGAAAACUGCUCUAUUUUCAGAGCCUGUUACAGCAGACCAUGCCAGAAUGGAGCUACUUGUAACGAAUCCUACAACCCAAAUAACUAUUCCUGCUCAUGCCCAUUGGGGUUCUACGGACGAAACUGCGAAAAAGUCAUAGAUUACUGUUCACCAGACCCUUGUAGAAAUAACGCGACUUGCGUGAAUUUGAACAGAGAAGGAAAGUAUUUCUGCAACUGUACUGAAGGAUUUGGUAAUAUAAACUGUAGUGGCUUGUUAACAUUUUGCGAUCCCGACCCAUGCAUUAAUGGAAAUUGUACUCCUCUAAUGGACACUUUUCAGUGCGAGUGUAACCCAGGUUAUACAGGAAAAAAUUGCAUUGAGCUCAUUAACAAAUGUGAUUCGAAUCCUUGUCUUAACGGUGGCACGUGUACCUCUACUGACGGCUCAUUUCGCUGCGAGUGUGAGUCUGGUUGGGUGGGCGAAACAUGUCAGUAUGUACAUCCGUGUAACAGUAGUCCGUGCGAGAACGGUGCAACUUGCAAAUCCACUGAUCAGGCUGGGAAUUUUUCGUGUCUUUGUCGGGAUUAUUUCAUAGGUACAAGGUGUGAAAUUUCGCAAGAACCAACCGAUCCCUCCGAAAGGUCCGGCGGCAGUCAAGCUAUACUAAUCGGUGGAAGUAUAGCGGCUUGUAUUAUCGCCAUGUUGUUGUUCGUUUUAUUGGUAAUUGUUCUGAAGAAGAGAACUUCAAAUGGCACAUAUAAUCCUAGUAAGGAAGAAUUAGAGGCUGGGCGUGUUGAACUGGAUUCCAUGUUGAAACCGCCUCCUCCGGAAAGACUCAUAUGAAAUUUUGUGUCGCUCCAAGAUGAUUAGUAAAGAGUAAUCAACCCUGAGGUCAUCUGCUGAAGACCACUCUGCUCCCUCCGGUCUCUGCUUCAAAGAAGAAUUGGUUUAAUUGACCACCUUCCUUGCGUUGAUAACGACCACACUUGGGAAACAAUUCCUUCAGUGGUUGUGUUGCCCAACAACCUUCAACCAACUAUCCAAAACUACACAUUGGGAUCAAAAUGUAAUAGGACAAAGGUAAUUUUUUAAGGCGUUUUGCAGAAUAUGCUAAGAGUAGAAGUAUAUUUUAUUUUGCGCACCAUACGUGAAAUUGCUACCGAAGUUUCGCAGAAAUAUUCCGCGCAGAUUUUUGUAAACUUCUUUUUUACUCGGCGAUGCUUUCCUUUGUAAGGUUUUCUCAUUUUUCGAACUUUCGGAGAAAUUUACCGGAAUUGUGUGGGGUUUUUUUGGCUAUUUUUU